UUUAUGAACGCAUAAUUUAUCAUUUAUUUUAAUUAUUCUAAUUUUGUGCAAACCUAGCUAUUGAAAAAAAAAAGGUAUGGAUGUUUAUGGAGAGUGGAGACGAGCGUUGAAUAAAAGAAUGUAAAUAGUGGUCUCUUCAUAGCGAGCAAGGAGAGAUAUAUGGAGUGGUGUGUGUCAAUGCCAAAGGUUGAGCUACAUGCUCACCUUAACGGUUCCAUCAGAGACUCCACCCUUCUAGAACUUGCUAAAGGUUUGGGUCUCAACGGUAUCAUAGAUUUCUCCCAAGUGGAACAUGUUAUUCUCAAAAAUGAUCGUUCAUUAGCUGAGGUAUUUAAGUUGUUUGACGUUAUCCACAUUCUUACAACUGAUCAUGCAACUGUUACAAGAAUUACCAAAGAAGUUGUUGAAGAUUUUGCGUUAGAGAAUGUUGUGUAUGUGGAGUUGAGAACUACUCCUAAGAAAAAUGAUUCCAAAGGAAUGAGCAAACGUUCUUAUAUUGAAGCUGUAUUGGAAGGUCUAAGAGCUGUCAGUUCAGUUGAUGUGGAUUUUAAUCCUCACUGUGAGGAGCUUAAAAAUCUUUCAAACCCUGUACUCCCAGUCUCAGGCACAAAUGAUAAAUGUAAUGCAAAUGCUAGGAAAAAAGUAUUUGUCAGGCUUCUCUUAAGCAUUGAUCGUAGGGAGACAACAGAAGCAGCAAUGGAAACUGUCAUGCUUGCGCUAGAAAUGAGGCAUUUUGGGGUCGUUGGAAUUGACCUCUCUGGGAAUCCAGCUGUUGGUGAAUGGGUUACAUUUUUGCCAGCAUUAAAAUUUGCUCAAGAACAAGGUCUUUAUGUAACUCUUCAUUGUGGAGAGGUACCUAAUUCGAGGGAGAUACAUGAUAUGCUUGACUUUCUUCCCCAGAGAAUUGGACAUGCAUGUUUCUUUCAGGAGGAACACUGGAGAAAGCUGAAGUCCAUUAAAAUUCCGGUUGAACUUUGUUUGACAUCGAACAUUAGGACAUUGUCCGUUCCAUCAAUAGAUGCUCAUCAUUUUGUGGAUUUGUAUAAUGCAAAACAUCCUUUAGUCCUGUGUACUGAUGACUCAGGUGUAUUCUCUACCAGUCUCUCCAACGAAUACAAAAUUGCCGCUUCUUCAUUUGGCCUUGGAAGGAAGGAGAUGUUUGAGCUCUCAAAGAAUGCUGUUGAAUUUAUAUUUGCAGAUAAUACAGUAAAGGAGGAUUUAAGAAACUUUUUUAAUUUAGCUGCAAAGAAUCUGGAGCUCUAGGUACAAUUUCAUCCAUGGGGAUUGUGUGGAUGUGUAUUUAGGCCAUUCAAUGUUAUGUUAGUAGACAGUUAACAAUGUCACAAGAGCUUUGGCCCUCUUUAAUCACGACAUCUUAGGAAUAAUUUAUAUCUACUAGUAUUAAUUUGGCAUUUAAAUAUGUAAACCAUUAUUUAGUAUAUAGCGUAUGCAGUACAAAAUUCAAUGUGGUUAAUAUCCUUUAAAAAAAGAAUGAAACAACAUGAAUUAUCAUCAUCA